CUCAAGCGAAUACGAUCACUAUGAGCUUUCAAAACUUCUUUGUCGUUUUGCUACUUUCAUUGCUUACUCCCUCAGCUAUAAAAUGCUCUGGAGAUCACAAUCGCCUCCGGUUGUAUUCGCAGUCAGAUCAAGCCUUACAAACCAUAAGCAAUCAGUUGAUUUUACAGGCCGUUGAACUGGUUGAUAAUGUGGUGGAAGAUCUUCUCGUCUUGAAUUCCCAGAACCCGAUUAUCCUCGGCUAUUUGGAUCGAUUUGAUGCCUUUACAGCCAUUAAUGUGAAUCACACAGAGCAGAAGCUGAAUUCCUUUUACGGCGUCAUUGAGGAAUAUCUCGAUUUGGAUACCAACGGCGAUCCAUUGAAAGCCUCCACAAUUGAGAACCAGUUGAUUUCCCUGUGCCUCCAACGCAGUGGAUUCGAUCGAUGGAAGCGGACUGUUCAAACCCGAACUGUUCAAGUUCAGAAGUUUAUUUACAAAAAGUUGAGGAGAUAUCUGGACUCUGUCGACAGGGAAAAUCGAGUUGCAGUGGAACGCAGGUGGAAAAGAAUCUCAACUCGUGGUGGACCUCGAAGAUUGGAAAAGCUUAAGGAGUUUGUUAAAUGGCUGGGCAAUUAAACUUAGAGGCUAAGAGAGAAAGCAUUAAGUGGUAAGGAAUGUAAUUAACUUUAUUUAUG